CCAUUUUCAGUUCGAGAUUUCAGAGCCCAAUUCGAAUUUGUUCCCUCCACCGCCAUUUUCGAAAUUUCCCACACUCCCAAAAUUGAAAUAACUUGUAAUCUUGCAUAUCAUUCAGAGCGAAAUCAAAACCCUAAUCAAAUCAGCUGCUCCCUGUUUCUUCCCCUCUCAACCUCACCAGAGAAAUUACAGAGCAACUGAGGAACAAUAGAAAUGGCUACCCAGUUUCAAACUUUGCCUCCUCUCAAACGGUUCAGGCUCAUGCAACAGCAGCAGGAAGAUGAAGAAAACAAAGAAAACAUCCCCCCGCCGUUAAUGCCUUCUUCCUCUUCUCCGCAGCUCCUUCCGGCCAAGAAGCGAAUUGAAUCUCGGAAACCGCCGCUUCAACCUCUUUCUCCUCCUCGUCCUGCAGCUGCGGCGGCGGUCGCUUAUUCUCUGCCUACCAAGAAAAGGGUUUGGGCGUUUCAGCCACCAGAUCUCAACGACGACGAGUAUUCAGUUAAGCCUCUGCCUCCGCCGCCAUUUUUGCCUCUGGAUUUGAAUGUUCAGUACGACCCUCGUUGUGAUUACGAAGAAGGUCAUAAUCAUAACAGGAAUGAGAAGAAGAGACAGGAGGAAAAUCACAAGAUCCCACUCUUAAGCUCACAAUCGACUGAAUCCACCCAAGCCGAUGGGGAAAAUGAAAUUAGCCAAAUUGUCAGUGAAGAAGAAGAUGAAGAUGGGAUCCUCUGCGCUGUCUGCGGCAGCACGGACGGAGACCCGUCGGAUCCAAUCGUGUUCUGCGACGGCUGCGAUCUAAUGGUCCACACGACAUGCUACGGUGCGCCAUUGAUCAAUGGCGUGCCGGAAGGCGACUGGUUCUGUGCAGAGUGCUCUGUUCCCGAUGGGACGAAAAACCGGCCUUCCCUGUCUUGUUGCCUCUGCCCCAAGCAGGGCGGCGGGUUGAAGCCAACGAAAAAGGAUGGCGUGUGGGCGCACAUCGUGUGCGCGCUUCUAAUCCCCGAGGUGUUCUUCGAGGACCCGGAUGGUCGAGAAGGGAUCGAUUGCUCGAAAGUUCCCAAGAGAAGGUGGAGGGAGAAGUGCUAUGUUUGUAAGAGCAGGGGAGGGUGUGUUAUGGAUUGCUCUGAGAGGAAUUGUCCCCUUGCUUUCCAUAUUACUUGUGGGUUGAAGGAGGAGUUGUGUAUUGAGUACAGAGAUGGAGGUAGUAAGGGGAAGGAGGCCAUUGUUGCUGGGUUCUGCAGAACCCACACUGAGCUUUGGGAAAAGCAACAGGGAACAGGGAAGUACAAGAUUGUGGCCAGAGGAGGGUAGCAAGGAAGGAAAGCAAGUAGGCGCCAUGGAUGGUUAAGAGUUUUUAGGUUGUGUUAGUCCUUUUCUUCAUUAGAGUUGGUGUUUCCUAUCGCUAAGAUGCGCUCAAGGUUCGAAUUCAGUGUAUUACUACUAGGUCAUAUCGAUCUGUUUAAUGUUAUUUAUCAACUAUUAUAACUCAAUAUCGAAUGGCAAAGAAUAGUCUAUUGCAAUUCUUCUUUUUUAACAGCAGAAUCUAGAAUUACUAUUGUAGCCUGUAGUGAUAGUUUGUGAAAUGUCAGCAGGG